UUCCGGUGAAUGACGGAGAGGGGGCAAUGCCAAAAAGCAAAAUGAUGCGUUUAGACUGGUUACUAUAUUUAAAAAAACAAGUCAUUGCCGCCAAAUUUAAACAGCAAGUUAAUCAAAUUCCCGUUACUUCCAUGGCUAAUUUCAAUGGAAACCAAACAAUUCCAUCAACUCCCACACUCUCCAGCUUAUCAUUACCUCAUCCAAGCCGGACCGCGUCUUCAACCUCUAAAGCAAGCCCAUGCCUACAUUAUCACCUCAGGCUCCGGUCACAGCCGCUCCCUCCUCACCAAGCUUCUCACUCUAGCUUGCGCAGCAGCCUCCAUUAGCUACACGCGCAAGAUUUUCCAAUCCGUCUCAAAUCCCGAUGCCUUCUUAUUCAAUUCGCUUAUCAAAUCCACAUCGAAAUAUCACAAAUUCUCCGUUUAUUCUCUUUACUUCUAUAAUUACAUGGUUCUUCAUAAUAUUUGGCCGUCAGCUUAUACAUUUACUUCUCUUGUGAAAUCUUGCGCUGAUUUAUCUUCGUUAAAACUUGGUAGAAUUGUUCAUGGGCAUGUUUUGUUGAGUGGGUUUGGCUUGGAUGUGUAUGUGCAGGCUGCUUUGGUGGCUUUUUAUGCAAAAUCUGGUGAUUUGGGUAAUGCGCGGAAGGUGUUUGAUAAAAUGCGUGAGAGAAGUAUAGUGGCGUGGAAUUCGAUGAUCUCGGGGUAUGAGCAAAAUGGGUGUGGGAACGAAGCGAUUGGGUUGUUUAAUAAAAUGAGGGAUGAAGAAUUUGAGCCGGAUUCUGCUACUUUUGUUAGUGUGUUAUCGGCCUGUGCUCAGUUGGGGGCGCUUAGUAUAGGAUGUUGGGUGCAUAAUUACAUUGUUGAGUAUGGUUUGGAUUUGAACGUGGUGCUCGGGACAGCGUUGAUUAACAUGUAUACGAGGUGUGGGUAUGUGAGGAAAGCAAGGGAAGUUUUUGAUGCAAUGGAUGAAAAGAAUGUUGUUUCUUGGACAGCCAUGAUUUCUGGAUAUGGAACGAAUGGUUAUGGUCCUGAAGCUGUCGAUUUAUUUGAUGAAAUGAGAAGGAGAGGACCCCGUCCUAAUAGAGUAACGUUUGUGGCUGUUCUAUCUGCAUGCGCACACGCAGGACUAGUAAAAGAAGGUCGGCUGGUGUUUGGCAGAAUGAGAGAAGAGUAUCACUUCAAGCCGGGUAUAGAACAUCAUGUGUGCUUCGUUGAUUUGCUAGGGCGUGCUGGACUUCUUGACGAAGCUUUUAAGUUUAUUAACGAAGAAGUUCCUAAAGAGCCAGCAGUGGCUAUCUGGACUGCUAUGCUUGGGGCUUGCAAAAUGCAUAAGAAUUUUGAUCUUGGUGUGCAAGUUGCUGAGCAUUUAUUAGCUGUUGAACCAGAAAAUCCAGGUCACUAUGUAAUGCUUUCAAAUAUUUAUGCUUUGGCAGGUAGAAUGGACCGAGUGGAGACAGUUAGAAACAUUAUGAUCGAAAAAUGUUUAAAGAAGCAAAUAGGUUAUAGCACAAUAGAAGUUGAUAAGAAAACUUAUUUAUUUAGCAUGGGUGACAAGUCCCAUCCAGAGACAGCUGAAAUAUAUCGAUAUUUAAAUGAACUAAUGUCGCGAUGUAGAGAAGCAGGUUAUGCAUCGGCACAUGAUGUAGUGAUGCAUGAAUUAGAGGAGGAAGAAAGGGAAUUUGCAGUUAGAUACCAUAGCGAAAAGCUUGCAAUAGCAUUUGGGAUUAUGAAAACCAGCCAUGAUACUCCCAUCAGGAUUGUGAAAAACCUUCGGAUGUGUGAGGAUUGUCAUCAGGCAAUUAAAUACAUUUCGGUUGUUGCUAAUAGAGAAAUUAUUGUUCGAGAUAGGCUUCGUUUUCACCACUUCAAGAAUGGCUCAUGUUCAUGUCUGGACUACUGGUGAUAAUAAAAUGGUUGGCUUAUGAUAAUAGAAUGUUGGUGCUACCCUUGUUUUGUGUGAUAAGACAAGAAAAAUCUGCCGAUAGAUGCAUAUAAAAGGUCCAAAAAUGAAGUUGAUAACAUUUUGAGCAACAUCAUUGAUAGCCUUCAUGCAUUUGAAUCAAGAGAUGUGAUUGGCUGUUGCACAAAUUCAUCGUUCCAUUUCCAUUCCGAAAUGCUUUUGAAACUCCAAAAUUUUAUAUUUAUAAUCUAUUUUCAUAAAAUGAAAUAGUGUUUUACUGUUUCCGGUUCAGUGAGACUAUGGCCCCACUCACUGCUGAGGCGAAAGAAAGGAGCAAGAUUCCGCGGGAGAUUCACGAACAAGCGUGACCCGUAGCGUGCCUUUCACCCAAUUAGAUCAUAUCACAUUUAGCCAUGUUCAUGAGUCAAAAGUGUUGGAACAUUGAUGAUGCCUAUCGUGAGAUUGUCACCUAAUAGCUGGAGACGUAUUGAUUUUGGGCACUGGAGGUAAAACAAUCGCUUUCAACUGAAGAAUAAAUGCCUUUUGUUUUAA